CUAGGUUUUUUUUGAGUAAUCCUAAAACUGCUAGGUAAUAAAAGAGUUACAAUGCAAUGCAAUUGCUAGAUUGCAAGAUGGGCCAAGAAAACGGGUCCAAAUCAGUUGUGGACGCUCUGGGCCGAACAGCACGGUCCAGGCCCAGUGUUGACCAACACAAGCGGGUAAAGCGGGUCUCUUUGUUUCCCGUCGCAGUCUCUCUUGGCCCUCUGCUCUGCUCUCCCGCUCCCAAGCCCCUCCCUCCUAGCCUAGCUAGGGUUCUACUUUCCCCUCCGACAAGGUUUCACCGACGACGUGCGCCACCAUGACGGCCGCCGAGCUGCUCCGCGCCCAGCUCGAGGAGCACAACAUCGAGGAAGAUGAGCCUAUCCUUCAGGAUGAUGAUAACAACGAUGAAUACGAUGAUGAGGAUGAGGAUGAAAAAGAUGACGAUGAUGUUGAAGGAGGUGAUGCUAGUGCAAGAUCUAGGAGUGAGAAGAAGUGCAGGAAAGCCAUGGAGAGGCUUGGCAUGAAGGCCAUUACUGGUGUGAGCCGUGUAACUAUCAAGCAGAGCAAGACCGCUACGUUUGUUCUCUUGAAGCCAGACGUCUUCAAGAGCUCGCAGUCAGAAACCUAUGUCAUGUUGGGGGUGGUCAAGAUGGAGGACAUGGACGCUCAGCUGCUGACAGAAGCGGCGGAGCAGUCCAAGGCGUCGGUACCAAGCAGCAUCAUCUCAAAGGGUGAGCAGACUGUGGAAGAAGCCCAAGACGACGAGGUGGUCGACGAGACGGGCAUUGACAAGAAGGACGUCGAGCUCGUGAUGGCAGAGGCCCCCGUGUCGAGGUCCAGGGCUGUGAAGGCGCUCAAGGCUGCAGAUGGUGACAUUGUCAGCGCCAUCAUGGAGUUGACUAACUAGGUGAUGAUAGGGUGGGGGUCGCAAAUCAGUCUUGUCAUGUCAUCUUGAAUGUUGCAGUUGCGGAAUGGGAGGCUGUCUGUUGAAACUAGUACUGGCAUGUAGGUUUUAGAGGUGUUUUAACAUCUGAGGACCAGCAAACUGCUUGCUCUUGUGCACAAUUCUGAA